UGUUGACAGCAACGCCGCUUAGUUUUACACUGUUUUAAGUUUCGUUUUGUUUUCUUGGUUAAAAAUGGCAUCGUCCAAUUCAUAUAAACUAAGGUGCUCCAUCCCGGGCCACGAGAUGGACGUGAGGGGACUCGCAAGUACUAUUUUUCCAGAAGGAGCUUUCGUGUCUGUGUCCAGAGACCGAACCGGAAGAGUUUGGUUGCCGAACUCAAGCCCAGACAAAGGCUUCACAGAGAUGCACUGCAUGUCUGGCCACUCGAACUUUGUAUCGUGCGUUUGCGUUAUUGCACCCAACGAAACGUACCCCCGCGGGCUGAUCGCCACAGGUGGGAACGAUAAUAACAUUUGCGUCUUCACUCUGGACCGACCGCAGCCCCUGUUCACCCUUCAGGGUCACAAAAAUACAGUUUGCACGCUGUCGUCGGGGAAGUUCGGGACACUUUUGAGCGGCUCCUGGGACACCACGGCUAAAGUCUGGCUCAACGAGAAGUGCAUGAUGACUUUGCAGGGCCACACAGCAGCGGUGUGGGCGGUGCUCAUCCUUCCUGAACAAGGCCUCAUGCUGUCUGGGUCAGCAGAUAAAACCAUAAAGCUCUGGAAGGCUGGUCGAUGUGAGAAGACGUUUACAGGUCAUGAGGACUGUGUCAGGGGGCUGGCAGUGAUCAGCAGCACAGAGUUCCUCUCUUGCAGCAACGACACGAGCAUCAGACGGUGGCUGGUGACGGGCGACUGUGUGCAGGUUUACUACAGCCACACCAACUUCAUCUACAGCUUAGCCGUCUUCCCUAACAGCCAAGAUUUCGUCAGCACAGGAGAGGACCGGACUGUGAGGAUAUGGAGGAAGGGGGAGUGCUUCCAGACGAUCCGCCUGCCCGCUCAGUCUGUUUGGUGCUGCUGCAUCCUGCCGAACGGCGACAUCGCUGUUGGCGCCAGUGACGGCAUCAUCCGUGUUUUUACGGAAGCUGAGGACCGUGUGGCCAGCGCAGAGGACCUCCAGGCCUUCGAGGACGAGCUGUCCAAAGCUACCAUUGACCCCAAGACCGGAGACCUGGGAGACAUAAAGAUGGAGGACCUGCCUGGAAGGGAACACCUCAACGAGCCUGGGAAUCGUGACGGGCAGACGCGUUUGAUCAAAGACGAGCAGAAGGUGGAGGCGUAUCAGUGGAGCGUGAGCGACGGCCGCUGGCUGAAGAUCGGAGACGUGGUCGGAGGCUCCAACCAGCAGACCUCCAAGAGCGUGAUGUACGAAGGAAAGGAGUACGACUACGUCUUCACCAUCGACGUUAACGAGGGGGGGCCGUCCUUGAAGCUGCCGUACAACAUGGCGGAGGACCCCUGGCUCACGGCGCACAACUUCCUGCAGAAAAACGACCUGAGCCCCAUGUUCCUCGACCAAGUGGCUAAUUUUAUAAUCGAGAACACUAAAGGUCACGUGGUGGGUCCAGCUCAGCCCGAGGACGGGGACCCGUUCACAGGAGGAGCUCGGUAUAUUCCUGGAUCCUCUGAUGACGGACAGAGCUUUGGAGCAGAUCCCUUCACAGGUGCUGGCCGAUACAUCCCAGGGUCGAACCCCAACCCAAGCGCUCCUUCAGGCGGGGCAGACCCGUUCACAGGAAAAGGCGCCUACUCCUCUGCGGCCCAGAAACAGCCGACCAACAUCUACUUCCCCAAGACGGACGGUGUGACCUUUGAGCAAGCUAACGCCUCUCAGAUUAUCGCCAAGUUGAAGGAGCUGAAUGCCGAGGCGCCUCAGGAGCACAAACUCUCUGCAGACAUCGUGGAAAGUCUGGAGAGUUUGUUGUUGUCGGUUUGUGGGUCGAACUCAGCCGAGGCUCCUCCCACCCUCCAGCAGAUCGACGUGCUCUGGAAGGCCUCGCACUGGCCUGAAGACAUCGUGUUUCCCGUCCUGGACAUCCUGAGGCUGGCGGUGCGCCACCCGCAGGUGAACGAGAGCCUCUGCGGCGAGGCCGAGGGCGUCCAGCUGUGCAACCACCUGCUGAAACUGAUGAGGAGCGAGAGCCGCCCCGCCAACCAGAUGCUGGCGCUGCGCACGCUGUGCAACUGCUUCAGCGGCAGGCACGGCCGCGCCCUGCUCGUGGCGCAGCGCGAGACGGUCCUGUCGCGCGCCGCCGACCUGGCCGCCGUCCGCAAUAAGAACAUCCACAUCGCCCUGGCCACACUGGUGCUCAACUACGCCGGCUGCUUUCACAGCCGGCCCGACCUGGAGGCCAAGGCGCAGUGUCUGUCCGUGGCCAGCAGGGCUCUGGAGACCGUGCAGGACAAGGAGGCCGUCUUCAGGCUGCUGGUGGCUUUGGGAACCACCGUGGCCUCCGACGAGACGGCACAGGACUUGGCUCGCUCCCUUGACGUCGGCUCUCAGAUUUCCAAAUACUCCUCGGUGUCGGAUCCGUCGAAGGUGGGCGAGUGCUGCCAGCUGGUUCUGAAAGAACUCCACUGAUGUGAAUAGUUCCUGUUCCUCUCCUGAACGGGUUGUGAUGAAAAUAAAAAUAUUACACUUGUAUGGUCUGCAAUAAAA